AUGACACCAUCCGCUUCCCGUCCCGUCAGCGAAUUUCCCUCAAUAGCGGAAGCGUCAUCACAGUCGUCACUCGAACAGGAAGAUGUGAAUUGUCCAUGCGAUUCCCAUAGUGGGAAGCUACUAUUGGACAACGUCUAUCCGCUGAGUGUUGAAGAAAUCUAUGACCUACUAUUUACCGAUAGUCCAUGGUUUAAGAAGUUCAACGAAUCGCUAAAGAAUACGGGUAAAUUGCCGUUUUCUACUGCUACAAAUUAA